UCGGCCAUUCACAAUGGCGAUCCUUUGCCAGGUGUUGCAAAAUAGUUUACCGCAACACAAAAUCAGAACCUGUGCCUCAUUAUAAAAAAAACAAUAUCGGUUACGAAAGAGAAUCACCCAGAAGAAAAAAAAAAAAGAAAAAAAAGUUGUCCAAUAGAAACCACAACCAAUCAUUUCGCAAAAAAAAAAAAAAAAGAUGGCGGAUGCCACGUUUUCGUGCGGAUCCUAAAAUUAAAAUGAUUUGGAAAGCGGAUUGAUAGAAUCGCGCAUAGCAGAGCGGACCAGGAAGGUCGCGCAGAUACAAAGAAAUGCAAAGCUAUAUUGAAUAAGCGGACCGGCAAGGUCGCGCACUUAAGAGGGCGAGCCAGAUAGCCGCACUAGGAAGAAGCGGAUAUGUGUCGCGCAUUAAAAAAAGCGGAUCACGAAGAUCGCGCAAAGGAAAAAGGAUCAUGGCGGAUCGACAAGAUCGCGCAUAUUAAAUAAAUUAAUAAUGAAUGCACAGGCUAUAUCUGGCACAGAGCCAAACAAAAUUACGAAAUUGUUUUAUAUAUUUUACCAGUCCUUACAAUACAGAAUCAUUUAUGAAAAAUAACUAAGAUGUUUGUAAUGAUUAUUAUUACAGAUAACGAUAUACUAACAGUAAGCAUACAGAGCUAACAGAGUUGGUAGAAUGGCGAACGAUGGAAAAUAUGUCCGAUUGGCCGGUAUUUCGGCCUGUGUAGACGAUAACUCGAUCGCGGAAGAAGUAGUAGACCAACCCAGCAAUGAGGUGACGCUUCCAGUUACUUCGAACGCUUCCAGCAGUGGCAGUACCAGUGGUAGCCAUUCCGAUAGUGAGUGCGAUGGUUCCGACAUCGAUGUCGGCGACGUUGAAGAUAUCCCAGACCCGAAUAAUAUAACAUCCAGUUCUUACGACAAUCCAUCGAACUCUACGUCAAACGUUCGUUUGAUUCCUGAAGCCGACUCAAUAAAACAUCUGAGUCAUGAUGCAGUGCAACACGCAAGCAAUACCGAACGGAUCGAACGGAUGGAACAAAUGAUUUCGGGUAUAAACGAAGCUUUGAGUCGUUUCCAACCCAACCCCAGACCAACGACGAACGAUAAUGCCGACAACAGUUGGAAUAAUGUAAGCUCGUGCGCAAACGUCAGCGGAAGUAACUCCUCCAGUAUCCGCUGGGACCACAUAAAACCGUUCCCGACUGGCAUUGCCGCCAACAAAAUGUGGGAGGAGUGGAAUCGAUACAUCGAGAACUUCGAAAUAGCCGCUUCUCUUAGCAACGUAAGUGACCCUGCUAAAAGAACACAGUUGUUAUUCCUCUCUAUGGGUAACGAGCUGCAGGAAAUUAUUAAAGCCGCUAAGCUUCGUCCAAGUUUGACUAACCCGGAGUGUUAUAAGACUUUCGUCACAAACAUCAAAAAUUAUUUUCGCUCGAUGACCGAUACCGCAGCCGAGCACGAGGCUUUUUCAAGGAUGAAGCAAGAAAACGGGGAAGCAGCAGUCACUUUCCACGCGCGGUUAAUGUGUAAAGUACGUUCGUGCAACUAUAGCGUAGACGACGAAGAUCGAUUUGUACGAGCGCAAUUGCUAAGUGGAUUAAGAAACCGGGAACUGGUUAAGCAAGCACGAACCUACGGUUACGAAACGAACUUUAUCGUACAGUCAGCAACGAGGGAUGAGGCAUUCGAAGCCGAAACACGUCAACAGGAAGGCCCAAACAUAUUCGAAGUCAGAAGGGGAAAUCUAUAUUCAUCAUACGACCGAAGCAAUCGCAAGCGCCCGAAUGCGAGUAACCGUAUCGACGAGCCACCAAUCAAGCGACAACAAAGUCACGAAUUAAAUCAACGGUAUCGAGUACAGCGCCCCCGAUGUACGCGGUGCUACCUGCUCAGCCACCGCAACGGGCAAUGUCCAGCGUUAAGCCGUAAUUGCAACCGAUGCGGCAAGCGCGGACAUUUUGUAGCAGCCUGCCGACAGAAGCAAGUAAAUUCCAUGCAGAAUGAGCGAAACGACAAACCCAUUGAAAGGUCCACAUUCUCAGGUGAAGAUACGUACGAAAACAAGCAGGAAGCCAAUGCUCUCUCCUUAGAGGAUGUAUUGGUUAACUGUUCGGUGGGGUCGUCCAGUCCCAUACGCUUUUUAAUCGAUUCUGGUGCAGAUGUAAAUGUUAUUGGUGGGAGAGAUUGGGAGCAUUUGGAACGAGAGUCCGAAUUAGGCAUAGCAACGCUCGAAAUGAUAAGUGGUAAAUCGAGUAGUAGACUGCAUGCUUAUGGAACACGUGAACCAAUGACCAUCGAUUGCACCUUCAAAGCAAGCAUUAUAGCAUCGUCAAGCUUAUCAGAAUCCACGAAUUUUGCAGUAUUUCACGUCGUUACCAGGGGGGCAAGAUCUCUCCUUGGACGGUCUACGGCCAGCGACAUGGGGUUGCUACACAUUAAAAAGGAUAUUAACCACUGCGAAGAUGACGGAAUUUUUCCGAUAAUGCCAGGGGUGAAGGUGAAGUUCAGUGUUAACAAAGAUGUUCCACCAACUAAAAGCGCUUAUUAUAAUGUACCAGCUGCAUACCGGGAAGCUGCACGACAGAGAUUACAGGAAAUGGAAAGACGGGGUAUAAUAGAAAAGGCCACAUCCGCUCCGAAUUGGAUUAGUGGUAUGUCCGCAGUGGCCAAGGGCAACAACGAUUUCAGGCUUGUAGUCAAUAUGCGUGCCCCUAACCGUGCCAUCAAUCGGGAAUAUUAUAGACUCCCAUUGCUCGACGAAAUGAGGGUAAAACUUCACGGUGCUAGGUAUUUUUCGAAACUUGACUUAAGUAAUGCUUUCUAUCACCUUGAGCUAUCUGAAGAGUCCCGAGUUUUGACUACCUUUUUGGCCGAGGACGGCAUGUAUAGAUUCACCCGUCUCAUGUUCGGUGUAAAUUGCGCGCCAGAGAUCUUUCAGCGUGAGAUGGUUCGGAUCCUGAAAGAUGUCGAUAACAUAAUAGUAUUCAUCGACGACAUUCUCAUCUUCGCUGAAACGCUAGAAGCUUUACGAGCAACUGUUACCACGGUGUUGCAGAUUCUGAAGGAAAACAAUUUGACGUUAAAUACUACUAAGUGCGAAUUCGACCAAACUAGGAUCAAGUUUUUGGGCCAUGAACUUGAUGCUGAAGGUUUCCACAUAGACCACGAAAAGAUCAAAAGCGUACGCACUUUUAGAGAGCCGACUACUCUGUCAGAGCUUCGCAGCUUUCUAGGACUGGCAUCAUUUCUCAGUCCAUAUCUUGAGAAUUUUGCGAAGAUCUCGAACCCCUUAUGGGCCACGACUACAUCAAAGACAUGGUUAUGGGGACCGGAACAAAAGGAAGCGUUUAUACACUUCACGCUUCGUACCGACGCCCAGGGGGUCACUUUUAUUUUAAACCGGUCACGAGAAGAGUCGAAAAGAGCACUAACACGUGCCGAUGGAUGGGCACUGAGGUUGAGCCCGUAUAACUACAACGUCGAAUAUAUCCGUGGAAUAGAUAACAUUGCGGAUUCAUCAUCGCGACUCUACCUCGGGGAAGAUGCGCCCUUUGACGAAGAAGCUAGUCCUUGGGAGAUAGCAGUACUAGAAGCGAAUGCUGUUGAAUUCCUAACGGAAACUGACAUCAAAUGCGCUACCGAAGAGGAUGAAACAUUAUUACAAGUAAUCAGUGCACUUGAAUCAGGCGUUUGGCCCAAAGACCUGCAGAAAUAUCAUGCGCAGAACGGGUUAGCCGAAAGCUGUAUGAAAUUGGUAAAUAAAGCUAUGGCCACUGCAACUGCGAAUAACACCAACUAUAUCGAGGAGCUACAAAGUGCAGUUAACGCACACAACGCUGCUGAACACAGCGUGACUAACAUACCACCCGAGGAAGUAAUGUAUGGUCGUAAGAUCAAGCGAGGGUUACCCUUACUUACCCAUGAUAAGUCCAGUUUUGAUGAACACGAAUUAGAACGCCGUGAUCGUGAGAUAAAGCUAGCAGGAAAGCUGCGAGAAGAUGCAAGACGGGGCGCACAAAAGUGUAGAGUUAAACCGGGGGAUGAAGUGGUGAUUGAACGCCAAAACCGUUUGAAAGGCGAUCAUCGUUUCUCACCAACAAGAUACACAGUAAUUGAAGAACGAAAUGGAAGUCUUGUCCUCAAUGACGGUAGUGGCAAAAUAGCAAAGCGACAUGUCUCACAGACUAAAAAGAUUGGCCCGUGGCGAAACAUACAAAAGCAAAAGUCAUCUGUGAGCACCGAUAUUUCGAACACUGAUACUACACCUACAGCUUUUACAAAACGACCGAAUCGUGACAGAAAAAUACCUGUCUUCCUGAACGACUUCAUCCGGACUGUAAAAGACGAGUAA